AUGAACAUAGGUGAUAAAUGCGGAGGUGUCUGGGAAGCUGGCGGAGCGUACAUGUGCAACGACUGUGUUAGACGUUACAUCGCUCCAUCCACUUGUACUUAUAUUCUGAACUCGUACACGGCCGGUGCACCUUCACUACAGCUCAAUAUAACAAAAUUGGGCAAAGGGGAUGGUUCAGACGUGGUCCUGCGCGUAUUUGAUGGCGCGCGUGGUCGAAAUACUCUACUGGAAACCAUCAACAAAAAUCACACAAAAUUGUACACACCGGUUGGAUCCACGAUCAUCAUCGAACUGCGACUGUUAACUAUGCCAAUCCCGGAGGUGUCUUUCAGUUUUCUGUUUCAAACAAGUGGAUGUGGUGGCGUGAUUUUAGAUUCCGGAUUCAUAUUCAAUCCCGGCUAUCCUGACGGAAUCAACGAUGAAGACAACUGCGUCUGGAUAUUCUACGCGUCCAGUGGAUUGAGUCCUUCGAUAGAGAUCCUCCGAAGUGAACUGUCUGACUCGUCUGGUGUAUGUGCCGACGUGGAAGUUCGGGACGGAGAGAGUGGGGUGCAUCCAAUGAUUGCUCUUUUAAACGGAACUGAUAUUCGUAGAUACAAAGGCAGUUCGAGAAAUUUAUGGAUUCGAUACACCUCGUACAAAUCAUCCCACUCGUACGGAUUUGUCGGUCGCCUCACUUCGGUCGCCUAA